UGUGACGGAGAGUUUCGACGGACAACGGUUUUGCAUGCUGCCUGGCCGAAAAUUACGAAGAAGGGACGCAGUCACGCGUGGUUGUUUUUCCAGCACGUGCAUGACAUUUUAUUACGUUGGGUUCGCUGUUCCUUAAACCGCGUUUGGGGGUUUCAUGCAUAUUUUGGGGACCGGAUCGUGAUUUCUAGGAAGGAUUUUUAGUUUUUAAGCGACGCGGGCAGAAAAUAAUCGUUAGCUGUGUCUGUAUGGUGGUGUCUGGUUGACCCAGUUCGGUGUGACGCUGCUUAUCUUGAUCGCAUAAUUUCGGUCUCUGAGUUCAUCGUCAAUCAAGGCCGCGAGGACCUUGCUGCUUUCUGAACGGGGUUCCUGGAUAUUUGCCUCGGAAACGGGAAAACUUGAUAGAUACUUGCUCUAUCUCAAAGCAGAUGCGCGACGAUGGGCGGCAGUAAGAUCAGCCCCAGCACCCACACCCCCUCCUCCGCCGGCACCCUGCCCCCCGCGCCCCCGGGGGCCGACGCGUGUCCGCUGCUGUCCAGAUUCAAGGAGGCCAUCCGGCGCAUCAAGGAGCAGAAGCAGCGGCCCGGCUUCGACCGCAUGCUGCAGACGCUGAAGACGCACCACGAGGUGCACGACGCAAAGGAGGUGCGUCGCCAGCUGGAGCUGGCCGUCAGCACGGGGCUCUUGCUCACCGUGUACACGAAGGGCCUGCAGUGCUACAAGGACCCCGACAGUCUGCUCGGCCUGCGCCGCUUCAAGAUCGACACCGUCAACACCCGCAGCCGGGUGCAGCGCGCCGUCAAGGCGGCUGUGCGGGAGAUCGGCGAUCCGGAGGGCUCAUCGCCGGAGGAGAUUGAGAAUUACGUCCGCCUGUCGUUUACGUAAGGAACUCUGGUGUUA